AUGUAAUCACUCAUAUUAAUUCCUAUUCAAUGUAAUCGGAUUUCCUAAUAUACUGCAAGGGAAUCCAAGCCUAUUUAUGUACUAAUCUGCAUUGGAAUAAUCAAGAAAAUAUUCAGACAAUUAUCUCCGGUAUGGUAUCAGAGCAUCGGAGAUAACAAGACCUGAAUAUGAACAGCAAUGAUUUUCCUCCACUGUUUGGGACAUUGCGAUGGAACCAGGCGACCAGUGGCUUCAAUCCGAUAGCCCUAAUGACUGGUUCUAGUGAGCCGAACACAUCAGGCCUCCAGGUUUCAUCACCCUCCGCUGCAACCCAACAAUCUGGUAGCUCCACAAUGGUACCAGAAUUUACUGCUGCGACCCAACAAUCUGGUAGCUCCACAAUGGCACCAGAAUUUACUGCUGCAACCGAAAAUCAGCAAAUGGUGAUUGCCCACAAGCUGAACGGGAGUAAUUAUCUCCAGUGGUCACAAAGCGUCUUGAUGUACCUACGAGGCCGAUGCAAGGAAAAGUAUGUAAACGGCCAAGCACCACAACCUCUCCCCGAUGAUGCGUCGUUUGACACGUGGUUUGCUGAAAACAACCAGGUCAUGACCUGGUUGUGCAAUUCAAUGACCUUGGAGAUCAGUGAAGGGCAUCUACUCGCUUGGACAGCAAAAGAGAUGUGGGAUGCUGCCAAGCGAACUUAUUCCUCUAUCGACAAUACUGCUGCGUUAUAUCAACUGAAGAAGCAACUAAGAGAACUUAAGCAAGAAUCCAACAUCGGGGAGGACGAUUGGCAAGGCCAAGGAGUGGGAUGGACUAUACUACUUCAGUAUGAAUAAUAAGGAAACAGAAAAAGUGAUGGUCAGCUACUAUUCUCAAAACAAGGAUAUAUUAUUAUGGCAAUAUAGACUCGGUCACCCUAGCUUCAAAUAUAUGAAAUACUUGUUUCCACAACUUUUUAAUAAAAAUACUUUGGAGUUUCUUAAAUGUGAUACUUGCCAACUUGCUAAACAAACUAGAGCUUCCUUUCCUAAACAAUAUUAUAAACCUACUGCUCUUUUUACUUUGAUUCACAGUGAUGUUUGGGGUCCAGCCAAAACAAAAACUCUUUCUCAUGCACCGUGGUUCAUCACUUUUAUUGAUGACCACACUCGAAUGACAUGGGUUUGUCAAAGGAGAAAUCUGAAGUUUUUGAAACCUUUAAAACAUUCUUUACUUAUGUGAAAAAUCAAUUUCAAACAACCAUCAAAGUUUUGCAAAGUGACAACGCAAAAGAAUACAUAAGUGGAACUUUCAAAGAUUUUCUUCAGGAACAGGGAAUACAUCAUCAAACCUCUUGUGUCUACACCACACAACAAAAUGGGGUGGCGGAGGGGAAAAAUAGACAUUUGUUGGAAGUAACUCGAGCUAUU